UGUACUCGGCUGCACAUACAAGAACAGCUGAAGACUGUCAAAAAAUAGCAAACCAAAGAAAAUCGAAAUUAUUGUGAGAAAUCGUUCGCUCGCUCAUAUUGGAAAAAGAAAAGCAAUGGGUGAGUCAAAACUACAGUUGUUGUAAAAUUAUCGGCAGUUUAUAUAUUGGUAUCUUUAACAAUUUCAAAUAUACAUGUAUAAUAUGUGUAGUGUUCAUGAGCAAGAUUGUGCAUAGUGAAACAGAGAACAAGGCUACUAUCGAAAAAACAGUCCUGAAGCAAGAAGUUGUCUCAAUUUAUAAUGAAAACUUCACUGACAUUCCCAAGGACAGGGAGCCAUAUUAUGUUAAAGUUCAACGAUGUAUCAUCAAAAAAGAAAAAAAUCCUACAUGUUCAUUAUGUUGGCCCCAACCUAUGACUUGGACAGAAGUCGAGAUUGUCGUUCCUGAUUUAAAAAACUACACAAAAUUUUAUAAAUAUGUUGUAUAUAAUCACACUUCUUGUUACAUGAGUACAAACUCAACAGCCUUGAACUUCGAUCAACACAAGAAUCUAUCUUCAAACGAAAUUAACGAAACAGAAUUUACAACAAAAGUAAAAUACAAUCCACCAAACGUGAGAACAUGUAAUGACUAUUGCAAGCAUCCACAACCUCGUUUUCAUCUGCACAGUGAAUAUACAAAGGUUCUUUUAAAUUAUCUCUUUAUCCCAUUCACUCAUUGCUUGCCUGGUUGCAAAGCAACAGAGAAAAUGAAGAUUGUCAAAACAGUAACAUUAGAUGGUUCAACCCCAUAUGAAAUUGUCAGGAAUCACUCAUCGUGCAAUUUUUGGAAUACAAAAGUCCAUAAAAGUCCACUUUCCAAUAACAGAAGCAGUGAUCCAGAAAGUCGACCCCGGGUGCUAAAUAAAGGAUUAUUUGUUUACAUUACAUCACCUAAAAUGAUGCUAGUUGCCUUCAUUCUCUCGACUGUCCUUAUCUCAAUACUCAUUCUGGACUGUAAUCUGUGUCAUCGUAAGAAAGGAAUAAUGUAUUCGAUAAAAAGUUGUGGAAAGAAUGAAGAGUGUGAAGACUGCGUAAGAAGACAGCAAACUAUGAUAGAAAUGGUUUAAGAAUCAGUAGUUUUUGGAUCAUACUUCUGCUUGGAACAAGACAGGAAUAAAUGAAGCACAAUCAAACGGUUAUUAGAAAACAUGUAUAAAGAAAAAACAUUUAGAAGUUAUGCUACGUUCGCACGAAUAUCUUGUUAAUGAAGAUAUUUAUCGAAUGAGUUUACUUUAAAUUUCUGUUACAGUGAUAUAAAACACAAAUUAUAAAUAUGAAGAUUCAGAGCAAUAUAGCUUGUGUACACCUGGAUGAACGGGAUUUGAAAGAAAAUAAACUAAACACCUUUCAUGGA